AACAAGAGAGAUUAUUAAAUUAGUCGUCAUUUUUGGCAUCGAAUAAAAGGCGAUCAAUCUCGGGCCGUCGAUCGAUCUUUAUUCGUUUCUUCCUCGCUUGCCUCAAAUUCCUCUUCCAUGCUUUGAUUCAUCCGGCGAGAGAGUUCUUCCCCAAAUAGGAGGUCAUCAUGAGGGGAGGACGGGUUCUGGAUCUCCUCCGCCGGGGUUUGCCGUCGCAAAAAUCCAAUUUUUGGUUGACUGUUGAUGGACAAAGCUGUUCAAGGUCAAUGGCUUCUGCAACUACUUGUGCUGUUUUAUCUGAAUUGCCGCCGAAAGUUUCAGAUAAUCUUCCAUCUGAUAUGCUGGUUGAUUCAUUUGGGAGGUUCCAUAACUACUUGAGGAUCUCAUUAACAGAGCGUUGCAAUCUCCGAUGCCAAUAUUGCAUGCCAGCGGAAGGUGUCGAGCUUACACCUAAGGCUGAGCUCCUUUCUCAUGAUGAAAUUAUUCGACUCGCAAAUCUCUUUGUUACUUCUGGAGUGGAUAAAAUUAGGUUGACAGGAGGUGAACCUACAAUUAGGAAAGAUAUAGAGGACAUAUGUUCAAGUCUUUCCAACUUAAAAGGUCUAAGAACGCUUGCAAUGACCACCAAUGGGAUAGUUCUUUCGAAGAAGCUCCCAAGAUUGAAGGAUUGUGGUCUUAAUGCGAUAAAUAUUAGUUUGGACACAUUGGUUCCAGCUAAGUUUGAGUUCAUGACUAGACGGAAGGGUCAUCAGAUGGUCAUGGAAUCAAUAAAUACUGCAGUUGAACUUGGAUACAAUCCUGUGAAGAUAAAUUGUGUUGUAAUGCGUGGACUAAAUGACGAUGAGAUUUACGAUUUUGUAGAGAUGACAAGAGAGAAACCGAUCAAUGUUCGCUUUAUUGAGUUCAUGCCAUUUGAUGGGAAUGUUUGGAAUGUCAAAAAGCUUGUUCCUUAUGCAGAAAUGCUGGAUAGAGUGAGACAGUGGUUCAAAAAUGUAGAGAGAUGUAAGGAUCACCCUACUGAUACAGCGAAAAAUUUCAAGAUCAAAGAUUAUUGUGGAACUAUCUCAUUUAUUACAUCAAUGACUGAACACUUUUGUGCUGGUUGCAAUAGAUUAAGACUUUUAGCAGAUGGAAACUUCAAAGUGUGUCUCUUUGGUCCAUCAGAGGUAAGUUUGAGAGAUCCAUUGCGAGCGGGAGUUGAUGACCUCGUGUUGAAGGAAAUCAUUGGAGCUGCAGUAAAGAGGAAGAAAGCUGCACAUGCCGGGAUGUUUGAUCUCGCAAAAACAGCAAAUAGGCCCAUGAUACAUAUCGGUGGUUGAAGCGAUUACAUUCUGAUUACUUUUUGGCCGGUGGUAUAUAUCUACAGUGAAGCCCUUACAUGCUGAUGUCAUAGAAGAAUAUACAUAUUUUAAAAUGUAUCAUGUUAAGAAUUGAAUUUAUGAGCCCUUUGUGCUGUAAUAUGUUUUUUUUAUAACAAAAGUGUUUGAUAAAGUAUGAAAACACAUGCUUCAAAAAAAAUGUGAUUCAUAUUUGGCA